AUAUAUUUUUUUUUUUCUUGACUUAAAGAUGGUGACCAAUAUGGGUGUGCUAGCCGUGUGACACAGCAGCAACAGUUCGACAUCGUUCCAAAGAAACCUCCGUGCUGCGCAUCCGACUCCACCAAAAACGCCCCUCAUUUUCACCGCCACCCUGAGAUUGAGAGUCAGAGAGGCCUCGUCAAAAUGCUCGACGACCACAGCAUCAACUUGACCGACGAUGAAGAUGAUUUUGAACAUCCUACCAGCCCUCUUGAACUCCAAGGAACCUUGUGCAAAUGGACGAAUUACAUCCACGGCUGGCAGGAUCGGCACAUCGUUCUCAAGGAUGGCACGUUAUCGUACUACAAGUCGGAAAAUGACACAGCUUUCGGAUGCCGCGGCGCUAUCAGCAUAUACAAGGCAACGGUCAAGCCGCACGAGUUUGACGAGUGCCGUUUCGACGUCAGCGUUAACGACUGCGUGUGGUACCUCCGUGCCGACUGCUUGGAAGAGCGUAACCGAUGGGUGGAGGCGCUGGACGCUUACAAGGUGGACUCUGCGUACGGGAGUGAGAACAGCCUGCGACGCCAUGGCUCGGCGCUGUCGCUGGGGUCGACAAGCGUGUCGUCGCUCAAGAAAGGUCGUGGGCUGAGGGAGAAGCUGUCCGAGAUGGAGACCUUCAGGGAUAUCUUGUGUCGCCAGGUCGACACACUUCAGGGGUACUUCGACACCUGUGCCUCCCUGGCUGAGGAGUCUGCGAUCGAGGACGCGACCACAGCGUCCAAAGAGGCACGGGGAGAUGAGGCCCCAGCUAGAACGUCGGACCUGCUGCCCUCUCGUCUCAAAGCCCAUGGCACGUACCCUCCAGUGGAUUUUCGCGGAGAAGCAAUCACGUUCAAGGCGACGACGGCCGGCAUCCUGGCAACUCUGUCUCACUGCAUCGACCUCAUGGCUCAGCGGGAGGAUGCGUGGAAACGCAAGCUGGAGCGGGAGGUUGAUAAACGAAAGAAGCUCGAAGAAGGCUACAAGCAGGCUGUCUCCGAGGCUAGGUCCCAGCCUGCAGUGGUGCUCGGAGGUCCCGACUAUGAGGAGGGACCGCACAGCAUGAUCAAUGAAGAAGAGUUCUACGACGCCAUUGACGCUGCCCUGGACCGCAACGAGCAGCAGGAGGAGGAACGGCGUCAGAUCAAGAACAGGGUACGAGAACUGCUACGUCCAUCGUCUGUGGCUUCCCAGCAUCCUCUUUGGAGCGAGGUGGAGGCGGUGACGAUGGAGCAGCUCCGCUACGCCAAGAUGGGGGUGGGGGAGGGGGGCUGGCAGCUGUUUGCCGAGGACGGGGAGAUGAAGAUGUACCGGCGAGAGGUGGAGGAGGCCGGUGUGGUGUGCGACCCGCUCAAGGCCGUCCACGUGGUCAGGGGGGUCACCGGCAGGGAGGUGUGCCACUACUUCUUCAGCCCAGAAGUCCGCUUCGACUGGGAGACGACCUUGGAGAACAUGGAGGUGCUGGAGGUGGUGGAGCCCCUGACUGUCAUCGUGCACCAGAUCCACAAGCGGGUGUGGCCGGCCACCCAGCGGGACGCCCUGUUCUGGUCCCACAUGGCCCGGGCCCCCAACGUGGAGGACCCCGACGCGCACGACGUCUGGAUCGUCUGCAACCACUCGUGCGACACCCCGCCUGUGCCUCUUGGCAAGUGCGUGCGGGUGCGGCUGACCGUAUGCCUAAUGUGCCAGACGUUUGUGGACCCCCCCCAGCCCAACAGCGAGAUUACCCGGGAUAACCUCUCCUGCAAGAUCACCUACUGCUCCACCAUCAACCCAGGCGGCUGGGCGCCAGCAUCGGUCUUGCGUGCUGUCUACAAGAGAGAGUACCCCAAGUUCCUCAAGCGUUUUACGCAGUACGUCAAGGACCAGACAGAGUGCAAGCCCAUCCUGUUCUAGCUGAGAGCAGAAACCAAUGCCCCCCAACCCGAACCUUCAAGAACAUGAAUGGGAGUAGCCAGAUGGGCUACUACCUUCAAGCGGAGAAGAAAGGCCAGCGGCAACAACAUCGGGUCCAAAAGAAUGCGGUCGUCUUGGUCUUUCGGGCAGUCACGCACGAGUGGUGUAGUCCAAUGCUUUUCCUACGACCAUGCACAAUUGCCCACUGGGUAAGGCUACCCCCUUUGUUUCUAAAUCGAGGGGAGUAGCCUUAGUUAGGGAACAUCCGAGUAAUCACACUUGGAGCUGUUGUGCAUAAGCAGUUGCUGGAUGAGCUUCAACUAGGGAACGUGGAGCUACUCUCGGGUUAAAGGGAAAGGCCACCCUCUUUGUCCUCAGAUCAGGGGGAGUAGUCUUGGGGAACAUCUGAGAGGUGUUGUGCACGUGCAAUUACUUGCUGGAUGAGCUUAAACUGGGGGACUAGAGGCUACUCUCAUAUUAAAGGGAAAGGCUACCCUUUAACCCCAGAUCGAAGGAACACCUAAGUUGUGUUGUGCAAGUGUGGUUACUUGCUGAAUGACCCUGAACUGGAUAAGAGGCAAGCUUAUUCUCAGGUCAAAAGGAAAGGCUACACCCCUUUACUCUCCUUGUCCUUAAAUCAAGGAGUAGCCUUAGUUGGAGAACAUCUGAGAGGGCUGUCGUGAAUGUGCAGUUGAUUGCUGGAUGAGCCUAAAGUGGGGCACAAGGUUAUUCUCGGGUCAAAGGGAAAGGCUACCCCCCUUUUGUCCCUAAAUCAAGAAGAGUAGCCUUAUUUGGGAAACAUCCGAAAGGUGGAUGUAGUGUACACGUGAUUACUUGCUGGAUGAGCUGGAACUGGAGGACAAGAGGCUACUCUCAGAUCAAAGGGGGUUGCCUUGGAUCGGGCACAUUUGUUGUUCAGAUUGUCGUCGUUGUUGUCGUUCUUGUUGUUGAGGCUGUUGCUGCUCUUGUUGCUUGAAAGCGAUCUAGCAAAUGUCGAGGGCAAGCUUUCGAGAACGCCGGUGCCUGACGUGGUGUUUCUACUUUGCUCGUUUGCAGCGCAUAAAAAAAAAAGCGAAGGGGGAAAAAAAAAAACUAAGGUUGCAAUUUUUCCACUGCCGUUCUAAUGGGCGGGGGGGGGGGGGGGGGGGGGGGGGGGGGGUGCCGAACGGGGGCUGCGAGGACGGCCUCCCACUUGCAGACGGGAGAGACUAACUGAAAAAGAAAAACGGUGCCAAUGUUUUUUGCCGGCACAUAGCCUAGGUCGCACCGUCGAAGCGGAGGUUUACGUUCGGCCGCGCACAGGUUUAGCUUGUGGAACCUGCAACAAACCCGAAGCUUCCACCGCCUUUCAUCGACCACGACGCCGCAGGAAAUGCGAAUAGUUUGGUGCUGGUAUAAAGGCUCGUCCAUGCACCUGCGACUGCUCACGACAGAGUGCAACCCCUUGUAGCGAGAGAACACUGGCGAUAUCCGUAUAUUUCCUAUUUACUUCUGCGCUUCAUCUUUCCACUAUUGGCGUGGAAAGACUUUCGACAACGUUGCUACGGUGAAGUGCGUUUCCCGUGCCGCCUCAGAGAUGUGCCAGCAUGUCUUCGCCUAAGACGUAGUAGGAAAUUGGUCGUAAGCAGUCGCAAAUGUGUAAACCAGAGGAAUGGAACGAGCAAGUUGAAAGCGUGAAAGUUGCCUUUUUCUUUUUUCUCCCGUUACUUUUAGACAAAUACUCCUAAAUGUCUCCCGUUUUCUUUACGAAACACUCAAGGUCUGUUUUGUAUAUAGGCUGUUCUUCUCGUGCUCUCUCGUUUUUAAAUCGCCGCGUCUAGUCAGUGUUCAGUUCUUUUUUAUUUUUUUUUCUGGUUAUUUUUACGUUUUGACAGGAAUAGUUUCACAUUGUACAUAUGGAGAUGCGUUUGCUCGCCGACCGUUCCAUUAAUCGUCUUUGUGAUGGAUUUACACAAACCCUACGAGAGAAAGUACAAUGGAAUGUGGUGCGCAUGGACGGAUCGCGUCGUCGUCUUUUAAAUGACGGCAACAGGAGGUUCGUUCAUAUCCUUCGGUAUUGGAUGACGAGGCGCUUUCUAUGUAUUAUAUAUAAUAUUGUAUAUCUAUACGCGCGUGUAUACUAGAACGUUCUUUCAGUUUACAUAGGUAGCCAACCCAGCUUGUUUUUCCAGGGUAUGAAAUUUGUUGCUCAACCAAUGAGAUGCUUGUUUCGCUCUUCGUUGCAGCAUUUCGUCUGGGAAAUUUUAACGCAAAAUACGUCGGCAUGUUCACUUUACGUCGCUGAAGCAAACUGCCGUGGGUCUCCAAACUUUGCGUAUUGCUGAAAAAAAAAAAAAAAGGACCGUGCUAAUGUUGCGGCAGGUUCUUCCCAUCUACGCAUGCUGGUACUAUUAUUGUGCUUGCUGUGUGACAGGCAAAUGCUUUAAUUGUUUGAAGCAAAGAAAUAGAAAAAAAAAAGCCGACAUUUUUGUACAUACAUGAGGGUUUGUAUUUCCGAGCAUGGCUACCAUAUAAACGAGUUCCAAAGUCUC